UUCUGACUCAUCUGAAACUAGCUGGUCAGAUCUCUCUUUUUUUACUCUACAUAUCCUCCCUCUCUCUGCCACUCUAUAACUCUACCACUCUCUACUGCCCUAUAUUCACAAUGAUCAAAACAGACCAGUGUGUAAUUCGCCCCUACACGACCGAAGACAUCGAGUCCAGCUCCCACCACGCCAACAACGCGUCUAUCGCGCGCUGGCUGCGCAACGGAUUCCCGCACCCGUACACCGUCGACGACGCACGCAAAUGGAUCGACUCGGUGCUCAAUUCGUCGCCGAUGUACGACUACGUGAUUGCCGUCAGCGAUGGCACGGAUACCGAUCAGGCGAAAACCACUGCGAUCGGAGGAAUCGGCCUCAAGACACGCUCGGACGUCAACCACCGCACCAUGGAGAUAGGAUACUGGCUCGGCGAGGAAUACUGGGGGCGCGGGAUCGCCACAGGCGUCGUCAAGGCCUUCUCGACCUGGACGUUCGAGACCUUCCCGCAGAUUGUCCGUCUCGAGGCAGAGGUGUACGAGGGCAACGAGGGCAGUGCGCGCGUCUUGACCAAGGCGGGAUAUAAACUCGAGGGGCGGAUGAGGAAGGCGGUGGAGAAGGGGGGGAAGAUUAUGGAUUUGCUUAUCUUUGGCUUAUUGCGGGAGGAUUUAAAAAACGAGGAAUAGAACAGUUGAUAAAUACGAGGUAAUCUAUCGAGUACUGUAUAUUACAGCACCUGGCAGGG